AUGAGCGGGACAAACCAGAGUCAGGCGGCGGGCGCGGUUCCCGACUCAGACCAGGGCCUGGCGGCGGUCGCCUCGGCCUACCAGCGCUUUGAGCCCCGCUCCUACCUUCUCAACAACUACGCGCCCCCGAGGGGGGACCUGAGCUGCCCCGACGGCGUCGGGCCUUGGAAGCUGCGCUGCUUGGCUCAGACCUUCGCCACCGGUGAGGUGUCUGGCCGCAGUCUCAUCGACAUCGGUUCAGGCCCCACUAUAUACCAGCUGCUCAGCGCCUGUGCCCACUUUGAGGACAUCACCAUGACAGAUUUCCUAGAGGUGAACCGCCAGGAAUUGAGGCUCUGGCUGCGAGAAGAGCCUGGGGCUUUCGACUGGAGCGUGUACAGCCAGCAUGUCUGUCUCAUCGAGGGCAAGGGGGAAUCCUGGCAGGAGAAGGAGCGCCAGCUGCGAGCCAGGGUGAAGAGGAUCCUGCCCAUCGACGUGCACUGGCCCCAGCCCCUGGGCGCUGGAGGCCUGGCACCCCUGCCUGCCGAUGCCCUGGUCUCUGCCUUCUGCCUGGAGGCUGUGAGUCCGGACCUGGCCAGCUUCCAGCGGGCCCUGGACCACAUCACCACACUGCUGAGGCCUGGGGGGCACCUCCUCCUCAUUGGAGCCCUGGAGGAGUCAUGGUACCUGGCUGGGGAGGCCAGGCUGGCAGUGGUGCCCGUGCGCGAGGAGGAGGUGAGGCAGGCCCUGGUGCAGAGUGGCUAUGAGGUGCGGGAUCUGCGCACCUACACCAUGCCUGCCCACCUUCAGACGGGUGUAGAUGAUGUCAAGGGCAUCUUCUUCACCUGGGCCCAGAAGAAGGUGGGGGUGUGA